AUGGAAAUGGCAGAAGUGUCUGUUCAGGUCGGAGUUCCAGAAGAAAGACAGAUUUACCUGGAAACAGAUAAUGAUCGAAUCGUUAUGAUCAUUUUAAUGGUCGUGUUGCCGCCAAUGGCAGUGUUCUUCAAAUGUCGUGGAUGUACUAAACAUGUCUGUAUCAACUUGCUCCUUUAUCUCCUAUUAGUCCUUCCCGCCUACAAACAUGCCACGUGGUUUUGUUUUGUCAAAGGGCGAGAACAUGAAGCUGAGAAUGGUUUUGUUCGAGUGCGGUGA